CUCUCAGUUCCUCUGCGGCGUUAUCCACACCUUGUGGCCAUGGAUGGCUGCAAUCUCCUUCUCCCAUUUAAGCUCCCUGUGUUCGUCGCCAUCGUUUUCUCCACUACCACUUCCGUCUGUACCUCACUUUUCUCCUCCGCCGGCCGUCGAUGGCGUCCGCCUCGUCUUCCCCUGAUCUCUCCUCCCUCCUCGCGUCCGUCUCUAGAAACCCAAGGUCUCCACCCCGGGCUGUCCCUGCGUCCUUCGUGUCGUUCCCUCCGUCCGGGAGGCGCUUAGUCCCUCGACGGAGCUCCGCCGCGGGUCGCGGUCGCAAAAUUGGACCCGUAUGCGCCUCCGAGGUUUCGGUCGCCGAGCAAGAGAGGGAGGAGCCAUCGUCUGCUGCCUCAGAUGAUGGCCGGAAUUGGGUGCCGGUGGUUCCGCUUGCUGCGCUGCCCAAGGGAGAGAGGAGGGUGAUCAUCCAGAACGGUGAGACGAUCCUGUUGCUCUGGUACAGGGACGAGAUAUUCGCUAUUGAGAAUCGGUCGCCUGCUGAGGGCGCGUACAGCGAGGGGUUGCUCAAUGCUAAGCUCACGCAGGAUGGUUGUGUAGUGUGCCCAACAACCGAUAGUACAUUUGACUUGAGGACUGGCGCUAUAAAGGAGUGGUACCCAAAAAAUCCUGUGCUAAGAGUCCUCACGCCGGCUCUUAGGAAACUUUUUGUGUAUCCUGUGAAGUCAGACGAAGAGAAUAUUUACAUCAGCAUGUCAGGGGGUUCAGCAACUGGAGAAUCUGCAGAGAUUGUCUUCAGUGGGAAAGCUCAACCUGGUGUGACUGCAUCAGAUGUCAAUGUAGAUGAGGUUAAAAUGGUUAUUGACGAAGAUUUGGAAGGUUUUGGUUUCUCGGAGAAAAAUGAAUUGAUAAAUGGGAAAGCAGCGGUUAUCGGUUUCCUACUGUUGUUGGACUUUGAGCUCUUGACUGGGAAGGGGCUUCUCAAGGGCACAGGCUUCCUGGACUUCAUAUAUGCUGCAUCAAGGCUGUUCGGUUCCUCCUAGGCCUUUGUCGGAGCCUUCAUAAGGACGAAAAGUGAAGAAGCAAAAUGUGAUUUGAGUGCAUUUACUUGGCUUCGACGUUGCACUUGAUAACAGAACCAUCAUGUGAACCAAAAGCUUCAGUCUACCAAUUGUUAAGAUUAUUCAGUAAACAUGUGCCAUAACAUGGAAUUAUCUGUCAUGAUAUACCAGCUUCCUUUGUAAUUAUGAUAAGGGAAGAUAUUCAAAGGGUCUAAGAAGUCAUUGGAUUUUUUUGUUCUUUUUAGCCAAAUCAAGCCUUCACAAAAUUCGAUGGAUCUUUCCUUUGCCGCUUGUCCUACUACUCAAGGGGUCUAAGGAACCAUCAUUUUUUUGCUGUCCAAGCAAGUAUUUUGUGAAAAGUCCUGACAUGAAACUGUUAUGUUUGUUACUCGUACCAUUGUUUCGUAGAGUCAACGAUUUGUGCUUCUUUUUGAAA